AUGGCCCAGAGCAGCAGCACCUUACGCAACCACAUGCGAGGCAUCGUCCUGACAGCCCCAUGGGUUCUGUAUCUCUUCUUGGCCGAUACCGUUCUGUCACUUUUGCUGCCGCUGAAACUCUUCUCCCCUCGACUCGUCUACGACGCCUCGUCCCAGGUUGCCCGGUCUGUAUGGGCAUGGAUACAACUCAUAUUCACACGCGCCAACGGAGCGCACAUUUCGAUCUCUGGUGAUGCCUUACCUCGCGGAGAGUCAGCCAUUGUCGUGUCCAACCAUGUCGCCUGGUCCGACUUCUAUCUUAUCCAGGCCCUGGCCAUGAGGGCAGGCAUGCUUGGCCGGUGUCGCUACUUUGCCAAGGCUCAGCUGCGCUUUGUUCCUUUUCUUGGAUGGGGCCUCUGGGCCAUGGGCAUGCCGCUGGUGAGCCGCAACUGGCUCCGAGACAAGAGCGAGCUUGAUCACGUCUUUUCCGACAUGGUCCAGAAAGCCUUUCCGACAUGGCUGAUCAGUUUCAGCGAGGGCACCCGCUUCACUCCGGCCAAGUACCAGGAGUCGAUCGACUUUUGCAGGCUGGCAAAUCGGCGGCAGCCCAGGAAUCUGCUCUACCCACGCACCAAGGGCUUCAUUGCUACGGUCCAGCACCUCCGACAGGCGCCACACGUCAAGGCAGUCUACGACUUGACCAUUGCUUAUCAGCAUCAAGGGACCUUCCAGAGGGCGCCCUCCAUGUGGGAGACGUUGAGCACACCAGGACUCAGCGAACAGGGUGGGUACAAGUUCCACGUGCAUGUUCGACGUUUCCCCAUUGAGUCGCUGCCGGCAAAGGACGAGGAGCUGGCGGCAUGGCUCGAGGAGCUGUGGAUGGAGAAGGGAAAGAUUCUCGAGGCGCAGGAGGAGCAAUGGCUGGACCGGUAA